GGAGUCUUGGUGACCUUUAUCUCGACGGGAGGUUCCCUAUGAUGAAAACUAUUUAACAGCAGCUCCGCAAUGAGCUGAAACUCCUCAGACUGAAGAUGAUCAGCAUUAGUGUGUUUUGUCUUCUGCUGUGCACCGGAGCAUCUGCUUUCAGGUUUGAGGAGCUGACGCAGUAUGUGAACACACACCAAGACGAGUUUGUGGAGACACUCAGGCAGUGGAUCGCUGUGGAGAGCGACUCCAGUGAUGUUACGAAGAGAGCCGAUUUACAUCGAAUGAUGGACGUGACGGCAGAGAAACUGCGUCUCAUUGGAGGAAAAGUGGAGAUGAUCGACAUCGGGACGCAGACGCUGGCCAAUGGCAGCUCCAUCGAUUUGCCUAAAGUGGUCACGGCUCAGUUUGGUGACGACCCCAGCAAACACACCGUGUGUGUGUACGGACACGUGGACGUCCAGCCCGCCAAGAUGGAGGAUGGGUGGAGCACUGAACCCUACGAGCUGACCGACCUCAACGGGAACCUGUACGGCAGAGGAGCGUCUGAUAACAAAGCCCCAGUGCUGGCCUGGAUUCAUGCGCUGGAGGUCUACAAGGCCCUGAACAUCGAUCUGCCAGUGAAUGUGAAGCUCCUGAUUGAGGGUAUGGAGGAGACGGGCUCCAACGGUCUAGAGCAGAUGAUCGUAGCCCAUAAGGACUCCUUCUUCUCUGCUGUGGAUUUCAUCAUCAUCUCAGACUGUGUGUGGCUCAGCAAGCGGCCCGCAAUCACAUACGGCACCAGGGGGAACUGCUACUUCUGCGCAGAGGUGGAGGGUCCCAAGAAGGAUCUGCACUCUGGUGUCUAUGGAGGAACAGUGGUGGAGCCCAUGACGGAUCUGAUCGGGAUCUUAGAUAAGCUGAUCAGCUCCAGUGGGCAGAUCCUGGUUCCGGGCAUCAGGGAGGCAGUGGCUCCUCUAGGGGACGAGGAGUGGAGCAGAUAUCAGGACAUUGAGUUUGACCUGCAGAGCUUUAAACAGGACAUCGGCCUCACACAGCUCAUGUACAGCAACAAGGUGGAUCUGCUAGCCCACCGCUGGCGUCACCCCACCGUCUCCAUCCACGGUAUCGAGGGUGCUUUCUCCUCACCCGGCACCAAGACCGUCAUCCCAGCCAAAGUCAUUGGGAAGUUCUCCAUCCGCCAGGUGCCAGACAUGGACCCAGCCGUUGUGGAGAAACAGGUCACUGAUUAUUUACACUCAGUGUUUGCGAAGCGCAAGAGUCCCAAUAAACUCAACGUGACGAUGGUCAUCGGGGCCAAACCGUGGCUGGCGGAUCCCAAACAUCCGUUAUUUGAAGCCGGAAAAGCAGCAGUCAAGAGAGUUUUUGACGUGGAGCCUGACCUGAUCCGUGAAGGAGGAACGAUCCCCAUCGCCAGAACCUUUCAGGACGUCACAGGAAAAAGCAUCAUCAUGCUGCCCAUCGGAGGCUUUGAUGACGGACUGCACUCCCAGAACGAGAAGAUCAGCAGACACAACUACAUCGAAGGAACCAAACUCUUCAUCGCGUACCUGUACGAAGUGUCCCAGAUCAAGAAGUACUGAAGUGAAGAGGCUCUGCAAAUAAACAAACAAACAUCAGCAGUGUUAAAUCACCUACUGACUAACACAUUCCUCUAAACUGAUGCACGUCCGCUGGUUAAUGGAGAUAAUGGAGAUUGCUGGUGCAAAUUAAUUAAACAAGUGUUUUGCAA